AUUCAUCCGAGGAGUUUCCGAAGGAAACGAGCGGAAUCAUCCGAGCCUCGUUGCGUCCCUACAUUCGCGAUUCCAACAUGGCUGCUGGGACUAGCCGUGACCGCUGGGUCCGCGGAAGCCAUGUUGGCAGGUGUGCUCGGCUCGGAGAGAUAACCAGUUCACGUUCGUAAAACGCACCCGAUACGCGAGACAUUGUCGAGUCGUAGAUGACUGGAACGAGCGCGUUACGAUUGAAUUAUCAUUUAGAUUCCCUCCCCCUUCUUCGAACAGCGUAAUCUGUAAAAACAAUAUACGCGUGAUUCUACGAGUAAAUCGGAUAUACGCAAUGUGAUUGAUAGAAAAUCUCCUUGUGAAUGCAUUGUCCAUACAUAUUUCCUACAUGAUUGCGAAAGUUUGCGGUGAGCGAGCUGCAAUCGAUAUGCCGACCGACAUCGUAGUUACGUCGGCCUCGGCCACGGUUUCAGAGGAGACGAGCAGAGGUCGGGACCUGGGCCUCGGACCGUCACCAAGGUCAGGUCCCUCUUCGACGUCCUCGUCGUCCUCCAGUUCCGGCGCGGCGUCGACCUCGAGGGGGUUCGAUCCUGCUAGCACACUCGCUGCCUAUCAUCAUCAUCGUCACAGCUUGGUGAGCAGUCUGGGCCAUGCGCACCGAGAGUCGUCGGCCUUCGUACCUGUGGUGCCUUCAAGAUUACAUCUUACACCGUACCCAGGUGAAAUGCAUCCCCAUCUAUCCGGUCCGCCGCCUACGUCCUCGUCGUCGACGAAUUCGGAACACGAAGUCGGUCCCGAGUCGUCGGUGGCCAGGAAAAGCUCCUCGAGUUACGAGAUCAUGGCCAUGAUGGCCGAUAAGAGGAAGGAACUGGCAGCUAGGGCUCUCCUGUUACCACCGCCCCCUCUCCUGGAACCCCCUCCCGGUUAUCCGGUCUUUGCCGGUCCUUUUCCUGGCAGUUCCGCUCUGUAUCCUCCGGGUGGUCCAUUAGCUCAUCAGCAUCUCGACCGGAGGCUACUCAGAGCACCCGGUAGAGCAUCCAGGCCGAAGAAGCAAUUUAUUUGUAAAUUCUGUAAUCGACAGUUCACAAAAUCGUACAAUCUUCUCAUUCACGAGAGAACUCAUACCGACGAGAGGCCGUACUCCUGCGACAUUUGCGGCAAAGCAUUUAGGAGGCAGGAUCAUCUUAGAGAUCACAGGUAUAUCCACAGUAAGGAGAAACCCUUCAAAUGCAACGAAUGCGGCAAGGGCUUCUGCCAGAGUCGUACUUUAGCGGUUCACAAGAUCCUGCACAUGGAGGAAUCUCCGCACAAGUGUCCAGUCUGCGCGCGCAGUUUCAACCAGCGCAGCAACCUCAAGACGCAUCUUCUAACACACACGGAUCACAAGCCUUACGAGUGUACGUCGUGCGGCAAGGUAUUUCGCAGGAAUUGCGACCUUCGGAGACACGCACUAACGCACGCCGUCGGCGAUGUACCACCUGAGGCGCUAGAGGAAGCGUUGAGAGAUGACGACAGUCCCGAGGAGGAUUGCCCGGAGCCAGGACCCUCGUCGUCCUCAUCUUCUUCAACGACACCGUCUGCACCACCCGCGGCGUCGUCCGGCUCGUCCGGAUAUCCCUCUCAAGGACCAGCGGCACCGUCAACCGCAUCGGCAACAUCAGCGGCCGCGCCGUCUCUACCGCAGAGACCCCAGCUUCAGAUAAGAAGAGACCUGCUACCGAUGACGAAGCCAUCGACGGUGACCAGCGGCACGUCCGCCGCGCAUUCCGUCACCCAGAAUCCACCGGCCGCUCUCCCACCGCCACCGCCGCUCGUCCUGACUUCCUACCGACGAAGAAUCAGCUCUCCAGGUCCCUCCAGAGUGCUGCUGGAACUCCAGGAGCGCGAGCGCGAGAGAGAACGCGCGGAGAUAGAACAGAGUAGGGAGAGAGAACGCAACAGGGAACGCGACAAGGAAGUGGCCAGACCGCCCAGGGCACCGACACCGCAGCCACCACUGCCACCGCCGAGACCGGCACCGGCUCGCCAGGGCUUCACUAUCGCGGACAUAAUGGGCCGAUAGAGAAUGCGCGUUUGUCGUCGCAGGUAGUUCUUUUCUUUUUUGUUGUUGUAUCGUUCGCAGAUCGAGAUUUCGUGGACACUGUAAGGAUUAUGUGCGAAGCAUAGGAGAUCUUUACAAAGAAUGAGAUCUCCCUGUGGACAUUUUGCGAGUCGUACGGUCCGAUUCUUGGAAGAGACGUAAAAAAAAUACAACAUAGAGGUAAUACUCUUGUCAAAACUGCCGGAAAGUCUGCGCGUUGUUUACGUACUUUACUGCCGGAUAUUUUUUUUCCAUGCGAGAGAUGGCGAGAAAACUUAAGCACUCGAGAGUGACGAGGUGAUGUUUCUCAAAAGUAUCAUCAAAAUUCUUUUUCAAAGAAUCUGCGUGCGCGAUUCUGAUUUAUUGAAUUCGAAAUAUUUGAUCUUCCUCUUAUUCCAAGUAUAGUCACGUGAUUAUGUAUUAUGUAUAUUGGACAUUCUUUAUAUCCAAUAUAUAUAUACACAUAUAUAAACACUCUAGAGGAGUUUUAUAUAUCGUCACACGAUUUGCUAACAUCGAGAAAUAGUUUCUCAGGAAUAAAACUAUUAAGCGAAUGCGUACCAAAAAAAUGUGCCUUAAUCAAGAUUGCCACCGGUAUAAAGAUUUCGGAGAUCGCCGUCCAAAAAAAAAAAAAAAAAAAAAAAAAAAAAGAA